AAAAAGUGGCGCAUCCCCACCAAAUGGAACCGCAAGUCACACCUGAGCUGAGAAUAGGUGCCAACUCCUAGUUUGCUAACUGCUUUUAUAACGCAGCUGCUUCUCCGCAGCCCAUCGCUCUUUAUGCGCAUCUGAUGCCGAAUGUUAAAUUUCAACUAUGUCGGAGUGAGCCGCUAAAUAACAGUACCUGUCUCAUGUUUGUAACACUGCAGUUUUAACUACAAAAUGGCUGAUUAUUUGUUAGUGCAUCGCUGGGAACUCGGCACCAUGGAGGAAAUUGUAAUCGCUGGCAUUUCGGGCAGACUCCCCGAGUCUGACAACCUGCAGGAGUUCUGGGAGAACCUCUUCAAUGGGGUGGACAUGGUGACUGAGGACGACAGGAGGUGGAAGCCAGGUUUGUAUGGCCUGCCCAGGAGAAACGGAAAACUGAAGGAUAUCAGUAAAUUCGACGCCUCAUUUUUCGGUGUGCAUCCAAAGCAAGCUCACACAAUGGACCCCCAGCUCAGACUCUUGCUAGAGAUCUCGUAUGAAGCCAUUGUAGAUGGAGGCAUAAAUCCAGUAGCCCUCCGUGGGUCCAAGACGGGAGUAUACAUCGGCGUGAGUGGCUCGGAAGCUGGGGAAGCUUUCAGCCGGGAUCCAGAGGAGCUCCUAGGAUACAGCAUGACUGGUUGUCAGCGGGCUAUGUUUGCGAACCGGCUCUCCUACUUUUUUGACUUUAACGGUCCCAGCACCGCCAUCGACACGGCAUGUUCCUCGAGCUUGCUCGCCAUGGAGAACGCCUUCCACGCCAUUCGACACGGACACUGUGACUCCGCCCUAGUGGGUGGGGUCAAUCUGCUGCUCAAACCAAACACCUCCGUGCAGUUCAUGAAAUUGGGGAUGCUGAGUCCUGGGGGCAGCUGCAAGUCUUUUGACUCCUCAGGUGACGGAUACUGCCGGUCCGAGGCCGCUGUGGCUGUGUUGCUGACCAGGAGGUCCAUGGCAAAGAGGGUUUACGCCACAAUCAUCAACGCGGGAAACAACACAGAUGGUUACAAAGAGCAAGGCGUCACCUUCCCUUCGGGUGACAUGCAACAGCGCCUGGUGCGCUCCCUCUACCAAGAGGCCAACAUCCCCCCAGAGCAGGUGGAGUACAUCGAGGCCCAUGGCACGGGCACCAAGGUUGGGGACCCCCAAGAAGUUAAUGGCAUCGUCAGCGUCUUCUGUCAGUCCGAGCGAGAGCCUUUGCUAAUUGGCUCCACCAAGUCCAACAUGGGCCACCCCGAGCCAGCGUCUGGCCUGGCCGCCCUCGCCAAGGUGGUCCUGUCUCUGGAGCACGGCAUGUGGGCUCCCAACAUCCAUUUCAAGGAGCCCAACCCCGAUAUUCCGGCACUGCUGGACGGCAGGGUGCGAGUCGUCACCGAACCUUUGCCCGUCAAGGGUGGCAUCGUGGGCGUCAAUUCCUUCGGCUUCGGAGGUUCGAACGUCCACGUGAUCCUGCGUCCGGCAGGCCCUGUGACCGCGCCCCGAGACGCAAAGCCGCAGCUCGCGGUUCCCCGGCUCCUGCAGGUGUGCGGCCGCACGGAAGAGGCUGUCGACGAGCUCGUCCGGAAGGCCCGGGACAACGCCAGCAAUGCCGGCUUCCUAAGCAUCCUCAACGACAUCUCUACCGUGCCCGCCGCCAGCAUGCCCUACAGGGGCUACGCCCUGAUUGGUAGCGAGGCGGAUGCCAUGGAGGUGCAGCAAGCUCAGGCCGCAUCCAGACCUCUCUGGUACAUCUGCUCAGGGAUGGGCACACAGUGGGCGGGAAUGGGCCGCAGCCUCAUGCAGCUGGCCGAAUUCCGCGAGUCCAUCCUGCGCUCGGACGAGGCGCUGCGCCACACGGGGCUCUGCGUCUCCCGUCUGCUCAUGGAGGCCGACGAGAGCACCUUCGAGGACACAGUGCACGCGUUCGUGGGGCUCGCUGCCAUACAGAUCGGCCAAAUUGACCUGCUCCAGAAGAUGGGCCUGGUGCCAGAUGGCAUUGUGGGACACUCGGUAGGGGAGCUGGCCUGCGGCUAUGCCGACGGGUCCCUCUGCCACGCGGAGGUCAUCCUGGCAGCCUACUGGAGAGGGCGAUGCAUCAAGGAAGCCAACCUGCCCGCAGGGGGAAUGGCUGCCGUAGGCCUGACGUGGGAGGAGUGUAAGGCCCAGUGCCCACAGGGGGUGGUGCCCGCCUGCCACAAUGCCGAAGACACUGUCACGAUCUCGGGUCCUCAGGAAGCGGUCAGCCAGUUUGUGGCUCAGCUAAAGCAGAGUGGGGUGUUUGCCAAGGAAGUGCGCAGUGCUGGUGUGGCCUUCCACUCCUACUACAUGGCCUCCAUCGCUCCUGCCCUGCUGGCCGCACUCAAAAAGGUAAUUAAGAAUCCGAAGCCAAGGUCCGCUCGCUGGAUCAGCACCUCCAUCCCGCAGGCUGACUGGGACAGCCCCCUGGCACAAUACUCCUCAGCAGAGUACCACGUUAACAACCUGGUGAGCGCUGUGCUCUUCCAGGAGGGCCUGAACCUGGUGCCCGACAACGCCGUGGUGGUGGAGAUUGCACCCCAUGCCCUACUGCAGGCUAUCCUGAAACGCAGCCUCAAAUCCACCUGCUCUAUCCUGCCCCUGAUGAAGAGGGGCCACCCCAGUAACCUGGAGUUCUUCCUCUCGCACGUCGGAAAGAUCUACAUGAACGGAAUCAACUUGGACAGCAACAAGCUGUACCCGGCAGUAGAGUACCCCGUUGAGGUCGGGACCCCCUUCAUCUCUCCCCACAUCCUCUGGGACCACUCACAGACUUGGGACGUCCCGGUCGCUGAUAACUUCCCCUCUGGGUCUGGCGGCUCCAGCUCGGCCACGGUCUACAACAUCGACAUGAACCCCGAGUCCCCUGACUACUACCUGACGGGCCACUGCAUCGACGGGCGCGUCCUGUAUCCGGCCACGGGCUACCUGGUCCUGGCCUGGAGGACGCUGCUGAGGAGCCAAGGGGCGGUGAUGGAGCACACGCCUGUCACUUUCGAGGACAUCACCAUCCACCGGGCCACCAUCCUGCCAAAGACCGGCGCCGUCCAGCUGGAGGUCCGGCUCAUGCCUGCCACCAGCAGGUUCGAGGUCUCUGAGAAUGGCAAUCUCACAGUCAGUGGCAAAGUGAGCAUCCUUGAGGAUAAAGCUUUGGAAGCGUUCCAGUCUCAGGUGGCCCAGACUCCCAAAGCGACAUCAGAGGACGACCCCAGGCUGGGGCUGACGGCUGGCGACGUCUACAAAGAGCUGCGCCUGCGGGGUUAUGACUAUGCCAAGGCGUUCCAGGGCAUCCUGGAGUCCAGCGGCACCGGAGACCACGGCAAGCUGAGAUGGACGGGUAACUGGGUGACCUUCCUGGACACCAUGCUGCAGAUGCUGGUGUUGGGCUUUUCGGGCCGGAGCCUGCGGCUGCCCACUCGGAUCCGGUCCGUUUGCGUUGAUCCCCGUCUGCACGAGGAGAGGGUUCGAGACUAUGGGGAGGACAAGAAGGCUAUCGAUGUGCAGGUGAACCGCUACCUGGACAGCAUUAUCGCGGGCGGAGUGCAGAUCUCCGGCCUCCAUGCCACAGUGGCGCCCAGGCGGCAGCAGCAGCAGAGCCCCCCCACCCUGGAGGAGUUUGUCUUCGUGCCAUACAUGGACACGCAGUGCCUGAGGACCAGCGAGAAGCUCGGCGAGCAGCUGAGGCACUGCAAAGGUCUCAUCCAUCGCCUGCAGCACAAGCUCGCACAGCAGGGAGCCAAGCUGUCCAUACCCGGCCUGGAGGAGGCGACGGAGGCCCAGCUGACCGGGGCCGAGUCGGGGCUCCCGCGCUUGCUGUCGGCCCUGUGUGCUCUGGAGCUCAAUGGGAACCUGCAGUCAGAACUGGAGCAGACGGUGCGGGCGGAGAAGGACUGCCUGCUGCAAGACCCGCUGCUGGGCGGCCUGCUGGACUCUGUGGCCCUGCGGCACUGCCUGGACACGGUGCUGGAGAACGGCACGCCCGACAAGAUACGGGUGCUGGAGGCCCUCGCCGCAGAAGGCCGCGUUUUCUCCCGUGCGGUCAGCCUCCUAAACAUUCAGCCCAUGCUGCGGGUGGAGUACACGGCCACCGACGCCACCCAAGACCUGCUGACCCCCCACCAGUCGUCCUUGGAGGACCUGGGUGUCGCCACCGGCCAGUGGGACCCCCACGCGGGCCUUGCCCCCGGCAACCUGGGUGGCGCCGACCUGGUGGUUUGUAACUGUGUGACGAGCCCCCUGUCCAGCCCAGAGGAGGUGGUGGGCAACCUGGCGUCGGCCGCCAAGGAGGGCGGCUUCCUGCUGCUGCACACGAUGCUGAAGGGGGACACGCUGGGGGAGACGGUGGCCUACCUCUUGGCCCGCCAACAGGCCCUGCUGUCCCAGGCUGAGUGGGAGAAAGUGUUCAGCAAGGCCUCCCUCCAAGUGGCCGCUAUGAAGAAAUCGUUCUACGGCUCCGCGCUGUUCCUGUGCCGCCGUCAGAGCCCCAGCGCGCAGCCCCUCUUCCUGCCCGUGGACUCGACCGACUAUCAAUGGGUGGAAAAACUGAAGACUAUCUUGGCUGAGCCCUCAGAGAGCCGCGUGUGGCUCACUGCCACCCAGGCGCACUCUGGUGUGGUAGGGAUGGUCAACUGCCUCCGACAAGAACCAGGCGGUAACCGCAUAAGGUGCGCAUUCGUGUCCAACUUGAUGCGGUCUUCUGCGGCACCCUCCCUACUUCCAUCACACAAAGACAUGCAGUCCCUCCUGGAGAGGGACCUGAGCGUCAAUGUGUACCGCGAUGGGCAGUGGGGCGUCUUCAGGCACCAGCUCAUCCCCCAGGAGCUGAGCCAGGAGCCGACAGAACAGGCCUACGUCAAUGUGCUGACUCGUGGGGACCUGUCAUCCUUGCGCUGGAUCGUAUCCCCCCUGCGCCACUUCACCCCCGACAGCCCCCAUGUGCAGCUCUGCCCUGUCUACUACUCUUCCCUGAAUUUCCGCGACAUCAUGCUGGCCACCGGCAAGCUGCCUCCAGACGCCAUCCCAGGAGACUUGGCCCUGCAGCAGUGCAUGCUGGGAAUGGAAUUCUCAGGCCGUGACCCCAGUGGUCGCCGCGUGAUGGGCCUCCUUCCCGCCAAGGGCCUGGCCACUUGUGUGGAUGCGGACAAGCGUUUCCUGUGGGACGUGCCCUCCAGCUGGACUCUGGAGCAGGCAGCCUCGGUGCCUGUGGUCUAUGCCACUGCUUACUACGCCCUGGUGGUGCGUGGGCGACUGCGUCCCGGGGAGAGUGUGCUCAUCCACUCGGGGUCAGGUGGAGUGGGCCAGGCCGCCAUCAGCAUCGCGCUGAGCCAGGGCUGCCGUGUCUUCACCACAGUCGGGUCGACUGAGAAGCGGGCCUACCUGCAGGAGCGCUUCCCGCAGCUGACGGCCGAGUCCUUCGCCAACUCCAGAGAUGCCUCCUUCGAGCAGCACGUUCUGCUCCACACGAAAGGGAAGGGCGUGGACCUGGUGCUCAACUCUCUGGCUGAGGAGAAGCUGCUGGCCAGCCUACGGUGCCUGGCCAGACACGGCCGCUUCCUGGAGAUCGGAAAGUACGACCUGUCCAACAACUCCCCACUAGGGAUGGCGCUCUUCCUAAAGAAUGUGGCUUUCCACGGCAUCCUGCUGGACGCCCUCUUCGAGGAGGGCAACCGCGAGUGGGAGGAAGUGUCACAGCUCCUGCGGGAGGGCAUCACGGCGGGCGUGGUGCAGCCACUGCGCACCACUGUCUUUGCGAGGGACCAGGUGGAAGAGGCAUUCCGCUACAUGGCUCAGGGCAGACAUAUUGGCAAGGUGCUGCUGCAGGUACGCACAGAGGAACCUUCCGCGGGUGUGGAGGCUGCCCGGCUCUCGCUGCCCGCCAUCUGCCGCACCUACUGCCCCGCCUCCCUCUCCUACAUCAUCACUGGAGGCCUGGGUGGCUUCGGCCUGGAACUGGCCCACUGGCUGACCGAGAGGGGAGCUCGCAAACUGGUGCUGACGUCUCGCUCAGGAAUCCGCAACGGGUACCAAGCUAAGAGAGUGCAGGAGUGGCAGGCCAUGGGUAUCCAAGUGCUGGUGUCCACCAAGGACGUUGGCUCCCUGGAGGGCGCCCAGAAGCUCAUCACUGAGGCGGCCCAGCUUGGUCCUGUCGGAGGCAUCUUUCAUCUCGCCAUGGUGCUGAAGGACGGCAUGCUGGAGAACCUGACGCCGGAGCACUUCCAGCAGGUCUGCCAACCGAAGUACGACGGGACCAUCCACCUGGACAGGGUGACCCGGGACCGGUGUCCCGAGCUCCGGCACUUCGUCACCUUCUCCUCUGUGAGCUGCGGUCGUGGCAACGCCGGUCAGAGCAACUACGGCUUCGCCAACUCCACCAUGGAGCGCGUGUGCGAGCAGCGGAGGCACGACGGGCUGCCCGGCCUGGCGGUGCAGUGGGGCGCAAUCGGCGACGUGGGCGUGGUCUUGGAGACCAUGGGCAGCAACGACACGGUCAUAGGUGGCACCCUGCCGCAGCGCAUCUCCUCCUGCCUGGAGGUGCUGGACCGCUUCCUGAACCAGCCGAGGCCGGUCAUGUCCAGCUUCGUGCUGGCCGAGCGGGUGGCGGCCGCCAAGGGCGAGAGUGGAGGCCAGAGGGACUUGGUGGAGGCUGUGGCUCACAUCUUGGGUGUGCGUGACGUGAGCAGCCUGAAUGCUGAUGCCUCUCUAGCCGACCUGGGUCUGGACUCCCUCAUGGGCGUGGAGGUUCGGCAGACUCUGGAGCGGGACUACGAAAUCGUCAUGGCGAUGCGGGAGAUCCGCCAGCUGACCAUUAACAAGCUGCGCGAGCUAUCCAGCCAGCAGGGAGGUGCCGAGGGUGAGGAUUCUCGGGCUUCCCCGCUGAGGAAGGGCGGUACCGGUGCCUUGCUGGACGCCGACCUGAGUCAGCUCCUGGUGAAUCCCGACGGGCCCACGGUCACGCGACUGAAUGAGGUUCAGAGCGCUGAGAGGCCUCUCUUCCUGGUGCACCCCAUCGAGGGCUCCAUCACCGCUUUCCGCACGCUGACCGCCAAGCUGAGCGUGCCCUGCUACGGCCUGCAGUGCACCAAAGCGGCCCCGCUGGACAGCAUCCAGAGUCUGGCCUCCUAUUACGUGGAGUGCAUGCGGCAGGUGCAGCCGGACGGCCCGUACCGCGUCGCUGGCUACUCCUUCGGAGCCUGUGUGGCCUUUGAGAUGUGCUCACAGCUGCAGGCUGCUGGCCGCCCCGUGGAGCACCUCUUCCUGUUUGAUGGCUCGCACUCCUACGUGGCGGCGUACACCCAGAGCUACAGAGCAAAGCUGACCCCGGGCAAAGAGUCUGAAGCUGAAACGGAGGCCCUCUGUGCUUUUAUCCAGCAGUUCACUGGAAUGGAGUAUAACAAGCUCCUGGAGACCCUGCUGCCUCUGUUGGACCUGGAGGCCAGGGUGAAUGUGGCCGUGGACCUGAUCACAUCCAGCCACAAGCACGUGAGCCGCGCCUCGCUGCAUUUCGCCGCCUCCGCCUUCUACUACAAGCUGAAGGCCGCCGACCGCUACGUGCCGGCAGCCAAGUACCACGGCAGCGUCGCCCUCCUGAGGGCCAAGACCAGCACCGAGUACGGCGACGGCCUGGGCGCCGACUACCGACUGCACGAGGUCUGUGACGGGAAGGUGUCGGUCCAUGUCAUCGAGGGGGACCACCGCACCUUCCUGGAGGGCGAGGGUGUGGAUUCUAUCACUGGAAUCAUUCACAGCUCACUGGCAGAGCCCCGCGUAAGUGCCAGAGAGGGUUAGUUCUGCUCUAUCCUGUCCUGGCCAGGGGGGGGACAGGCACUGGGACGGCAGCGAGCGGGUCUGCUACGUCAUCAGCCUUCCCUUCCUUCUCUUGCUGUUUUUGUUUUAUUUUUUGUGGUUUCCCGGAAGGAUCUGGACACGCGUUUCGGCCUUAACCUGUCCGCCUUCUCCACGUCUGCUCUCGUUCCAUGUUCUCCUUUAUCUCUCUUUUUUUGUUUUUUGUAUUGUCUGUUUUGGUUUUGUAAAGGUACGGCUUAGAAGUUCACCUUACACCUUCUGAAAGCGUACUCUUAAUGCAUGGUCACGUGACCACUUAUUAACCACUCGCGUGCUCGGAUUACGACGAUGACCGUCUGCUAAAGGGCAACACUGCUUCAAUCGAUUUUAGAACUUUUUGUAAGGAAACGUUCUGCCUGCCCUGAUGAUGCGGACGUCAUUCUCGGGUUUAACCCCAACCUUAAAGUGUGUGUAUUGUUGAGCCACCCACACACACAGAAGUUCACUUAGAUUCACCAAAUGCAUAGAUUAGACCAGUCAAAGGUAGCAGUAUUACAUUUGCAUGAAGAUGUUUUACUAAGAGAGCAUCUUUGUCUUUCUGAAUGUCACUAAACACAUACACACCACUUUGUGUUGGUUGUAUUGCCUUACCAAGGUGCUGCAUUGUCUUGGAGUCUGUACAGAAUUUCAUGUGGGCUGUUGAUCAGAGUCUUUCCAUAUGGGAAGGUGUACAGUGCGCUGGAAGCAUCUUGGGAGUAACAAAAAUGGUUGGAAUGGUUUUGUCUCUAAUGAACGUGUGCAAGCAGUUGAGUUCGUCUGUGAAGUGACAAACUGACCACACUGGCUUGCAUGGUGCAGAUAGCGAGGAAUUGCCAAAUCGCUCUGGUUUGCAGUGUUACCCCCCAGUGCUUCCGAACAGCACGGUCUUUUGUUUCAUAUGGUUUAAACUUUAGGAGGACCAGUUGACCAUCUGUACCUGUUCUACUCUACCUUGUGUGUUGACAGUCUGGAAAAUAUGGUACAUGCUCUAAAAAGAAAACUGCUGUAGUUCACACUGCUGUUUUAAUGUAACUGAUAUUUCUGGUUAUUUAAUGCAUAAAAUGUAUUUCUUUUAGUAUAUAUUUUUUUCCUUUUGUUUGCAAAAUUCUGUGGAUGUAUUUCCAUUCUGAAAUUUAAAAAAAAAAAAAAAAAAAAAAACAACUAAUGAUAUUUGAAGAAUAA